AUGCUACGCCUGCUGCUUUGGGCUGGGCUGCUGACUGUGGGCACCCACAGCUGCCUGCAGUGUGAUGCUGAUGUGCGGGGGGCUCUGGCAGCUCUGCGCACUGGGCUGGUGCCCCGGCAGAUCCACGAUAGCCGGUUGCGUGCCCGUGCCCAGGCCCUGCUGCGUGGCAUGGAGGGUGACUUCUUCCGGCACUAUGCUACCAGCCAGUUUGCGGGUGUGGCAGCUCUGAACCAAGUGAAUUCCCUGAUUCACUCAGUCAGACAGACCACAGCUGCCCUGGCCCAGAGCCCCUUGACAGACCAGGCACUGCUAGAUGAGCUGGUGGAGUACCGGAGGAAAACAACACUGGAGCUGAAAUCAGCACUUCAGGAGCAUCAGGAGAAAGCUUGUGACCCUGAGAAGUGUGUGGACUCCCAGGAGCGACUCUCUUUGAGGUACAAGCCCCAGGCUCCGGGCCCAGACAUCGCCCGCACUGGCGUCUCCCUGGUGCUCAUCAUGAGUGCUGUGCUCCUUCUGGCAUUGGUCAUUGGGUGA